CGUAUCUUUUUGAAACCGGAAAUCAAAUUUCUUUCGGGGAGCCGCUUGAGCAAAGCUCUGUCUGUUUAUGAUCAUUCAUUUCAAGUGGAAAGAUGCUGUCUAUAUUCAAGUCUAUUCCCACGCACAUGGAUUAUAAAGGCCAGAAGCUGGCUGAACAGAUUUUCCAAGGAAUAAUACUCAUCUCAGCGGUGAUUGGAUUCGUGUAUGGGCUGAUCAUUGAGCAGUUUGGGUGGACAGUGUACAUCGUUUUGGGUGGUUUUGCUGUGUCCUGUGUGUUGACCCUGCCCCCAUGGCCUAUGUUUAGACAGAACCCACUGUCCUGGCAGCCAGUGGUACCAGAGACCAGCAGCGAGUCCAUCCAAAAACCUCAGGAAAGCAAGAAGAAGAAGCACAAAUAACUCAGAAUUAUCCCUGUCUGGCUGUUAAUACAUCUUUUUAUAUUGGAAGUUAUUUUGAAUUUUGUCUAGCAGUUCACAUGUAAAGCGUUGGGAAAGAAAACUUUAUGUUUAUCAGUCAACAAUGAAAUACUUGUGUCCAAAAAAUAAACAUCUGAUACUGUA